AUGUCCUUCGUAAAACUAAGCAUCUUCGGUACUUCCUUCGAGGUCACCACACGAUAUGUUGAUCUCCAGCCAGUGGGAAUGGGUGCCUUUGGGCUCGUCUGUUCCGCGAAAGAUCAGCUCACUGGCGCGUCCGUCGCGAUUAAGAAGAUCAUGAAGCCCUUCAGCACACCAGUUCUCAGUAAGAGGACCUAUCGUGAACUCAAACUCCUCAAGCACAUUCAGCACGAGAAUAUCAUCAGUCUCAGCGACGUGUUUAUCUCGCCUUUAGAAGAUCUUUACUUUGUCACGGAACUAUUGGGCACCGAUCUUCACCGUCUGCUCACAUCGCGACCGCUCGAGAAGCAGUUCAUUCAGUACUUCCUGUACCAAAUCCUUCGAGGGCUUAAAUAUGUACACUCUGCUGGUGUUGUGCAUCGUGACCUUAAACCGAGCAACAUCCUAGUCAACGAAAAUUGUGAUCUCAAGAUCUGCGACUUUGGAUUAGCCCGCAUUCAGGACCCCCAGAUGACGGGUUAUGUUUCGACACGGUACUAUCGUGCCCCCGAGAUCAUGCUCACCUGGCAGAAGUAUGACGUCGCCGUUGAUAUCUGGAGUACGGGUUGCAUCUUCGCUGAGAUGCUUGAAGGGAAGCCCCUGUUCCCAGGCAAAGAUCAUGUCAACCAGUUCUCGAUCAUCACGGAAUUGUUGGGCACGCCGCCCGAUGAUGUCAUCGAGACCAUCUGCAGCGAGAAUACCCUCCGUUUUGUUCAGAGCCUGCCCAAGCGUGAACGCAUCCCAUUCAGCCAGAAGCUUCGUACUUCGGAUCCUGAUGCCAUUGACCUUCUCGAGAAAAUGCUCGUAUUCGAUCCUAGAAAACGGAUAGAUGCAACCCAAUCGCUGGCCCAUGAAUAUGUUGCCCCUUAUCAUGAUCCUACAGACGAACCUGUCGCGGCUGAAAAGUUCGACUGGAGUUUCAAUGAUGCCGAUCUUCCUGUAGACACUUGGAAGGUCAUGAUGUACUCGGAAAUCUUGGACUUCCACCAAGUAGAUGCAUCAGGGAACAACCAAAUCUCCGAAGGCGCAUUGGCUGGACCCGAGGGAGCCCAUUCACAUGGCAUUCCUGUGUCAAACUAA